AGUAUGCACUUGAGGCUGCUCCAUCCCCAUUUGUCAAAAGAAAGCUUACUUUUCUCUUUUUUUGUCACUGUCUCGUUUCCUUUUGAAAGCGAAUGUGGUGUGUUGGUUUUCUUUAUGGUUUAAACGAACCAACAGAUUUUGGUCGCAACCUUGAGAAGAAAAGUUGGCACACACCUAGCUAGUGCAAUAAUGCAAAAUGGAUACUAAAAUGAGUGUGUCACUGUAGCAUUAAGGGACACCAGCUAUAAAUGCGAGUGGGUUGAAGGUAGUUUCGCUCCAUGUUCUCUGGUCUUACACACUAAGUACUAAUGAAAUAGAAGGGAUAAAGUUCGUUAUCUUCUCGUGUUCUUGUAGACAUUGCUGUUGUUAUAUUUAUAUAUAUAACUCUUCCUUAAACCCGAAUCUGUGACAUUGAACAAACGGCACUGGAAUUUCUGAGAUAACCACAUGGAGUUUGUGCCAAAUCAAUGCCCUUUGAUGGGUUCCUUUGGGAAUUUCGUUGAGAGGGUCAAAAGGGUUGGUACCCUCUUCGUCUCUGCCAUCAUUGGGAACAUAUUCUCUGCGAUCUUGACCUUCUGCUUUGCGUUAGUUGGCACUUUGUUGGGUGCUAUGACUGGUGCCUUGAUAGGCCAAGAGACAGAGAGUGGUUUCAUUCGAGGGGCUGCUAUAGGUGCCAUAUCAGGAGCUGUUUUUUCCAUUGAAGUUUUUGAAUCUUCCCUUGUUCUUUGGAAAUCUGACGAAUCUGGAAUUGGGUGUGUCUUAUACUUGAUUGAUGUUCUUGGUAGCCUAUUGAGUGGAAGACUAGUGCGUGAAAGGAUAGGUCCAGCCAUGUUGAGUGCUGUCCAAAGUCAGAUGGGUGCUGUUGAAAUAAGCUUUGAUGAGGUACAAAACCUCUUUGACAUUGGUGGCGCCAAAGGUUUAUCGAGAGAUUCAGUUGAAAAGAUCCCAAAGAUCACAAUUACUAGUGACAACAAUGUUGAUGCUUCUGGGGAGAAAGAUUCAUGUUCAGUUUGCCUUCAGGACUUUCAGCUUGGGGAGACUGGUAGAAGUUUGCCCCAUUGUCAUCACAUAUUUCACCUACCUUGCAUUGAUAUGUGGCUGAUGAAACAUGGUUCCUGCCCAUUAUGCAGAAGGGAUCUGGGUAAUUUUGUAAAUGCAAAGUACAAACCGUAAAAAUAGCUAGGUUCUUUCAUUUUUAUUUUUUUUUAUAUAAGGGAAUUUACUUUUAGGAAUGUAUAGUAUGGUUAAAUGUAGUAGGAACUAGGAACCAGCCAUGUCACUCAUGAGUGUCAUAAUUGUAAUAAGUUACUACAAAGAAAAUUUUGACAUAAAUCAGCUGCCAUUUCUUGUAUAAA